AUCAGUUCAGCUCUCGAGUCUUCGGGUUCGAGUCUUUUGUUCAUCCCAUGACCACUCCAUAGGCUGAAUGCAGAGGGGCUGUGACGUGAUGAACGAACGACUCAAACCCGAAGACUCGAGACGUGAGCUACUCAUUUCUGUUUCCUGUAGAGAAACUAUGGGGAUGUUGCAGCGCAUGCGCGGUCAAAAAUGAACAAAUCACUCUCUGAGAAACUCGUUGUUCCCGAGUCAUAUUAAAGAUUCGUUCAAAAUUAACAGAACAUUCAUGAACGACACAUCAUUAAUGUCUUUGGCCUGGAAACCGGAGUACCCGGAGGAAACCCCCAAAGCAUAGGGAUUGCUGUGGUUUCCAUCAGUGUAACAAAAUUAAAUAAAUAAAUGUAUGUUUGUGUGUCACUGGACCCCAUUUUAAGAAACACUAUUUUCUUUUCAUUUUAUACACUCUUUUAUUUUAUUUAUUUAUUUAUUUAUUUAUUUAUUUUAGCACAAGUAACAGAAUGGUCUGCCUGCUACAGGGUGAACCCAAAUGUUUUCCACCUAAAUCGGUACUGAGAGGUUGCUAUCAGUCAUCAGUGUCAGAUAUCGGUGUGUACCGACAGGGGGCCCGCGGACUCCGCACUUCUCCCCGCAGAGGCGCUCCGCCCGGCGCUGCGUGUUUUCCUGUGCGCGGCCACUGAAAGACAGAAAGACAGGAGCGGACGGAGGUGUAGAAGAGGAAAGAGAAGGGGGAGAUGGGGGGCGGUGGGCGGGGUCUGACAUGGCUCACGUCACUAGUUGUGUAGGGGAGUAUGGGCUGUGCUGUCAGCCCGGUGUCAGUCUGAUGAAGAUUGGCAUUCAGACUAGGACUUGUGUGUACCCGGCGGAGCUCACUGGAACAUUUCAAUGCUCUAAUGCUGAGGACAAAAGAACUGGUCUCCAUGUGAAGCUCUCCCAUGAUGCAACAUGUGCCUCCAGCACCAGCACUGACAAUGAUGGCCACACAGAGCGUCCCUCCACCAUCCUAUCAAGAGAGCCAACAGAUGACGGGCACUGCACAACAGAACUCCAAGGCCCAGCAGGUCCACAUCUCAGCGUCGUCAGGCGCAGGGGCCACCCCGCUCAGCGUGACCCUUGACCCACAGGCCCAGCUGGAGUCAGACAAAAGGGCUGUUUACAGGCACCCACUGUUUCCGCUGCUGGCUUUGCUGUUUGAGAAGUGUGAGCAGGCCACACAGGGCUCAGAGUGCAUCACUUCAGCCAGCUUUGAUGUCGACAUUGAGAACUUUGUGCACCAGCAGGAGCAGGAGCGUAAGCCUUUCUUCAGCGAGGACCCCGAACUCGACAACCUGAUGGUGAAGGCGAUCCAGGUGUUACGCAUCCACCUGUUGGAACUGGAGAAGGUGAACGAGCUCUGUAAAGACUUCUGCAACCGCUACAUCACUUGCCUCAAGACUAAGAUGCACAGCGACAAUCUGCUACGCAAUGACCUGGGUGGCCCAUAUUCACCGUCACACACCAGCCUACAGCAGGAUAUGAUGCAGACUUCCUCUUCCUCACUGUCAUCUGUGUCAAGCUCAGUUAACUCUUCAGGCAUUGCAGCCUGCUCUCUGCCUCAGAGCAAUGUCAACAUGACCAGCAUCAACUCACAGGUGGUGUCAGGGUCGCGGGGAGCCUGGAGCCUAUCCCAGGGGACUUGGGGCACAAGGCGGGGGACACCCUGGACGGGGUGCCAAUCCAUCGCAGGUGGGGCUCUGUAUCAGCCAGCUGCUAUGGUGACUUCUCAAGGGCAGGUGUUAACCCAAACUCUUCAGCAGGGGACUAUCCAGCUCCAGAACACACAGGUGAACCUGGACCUCGCCUCACUCUUGGACAGCGAUGAUAAGAAGUCGAAGAACAAGAGGGGUGUCCUUCCUAAACAUGCCACAAAUAUCAUGCGCUCCUGGCUCUUCCAGCAUCUCAUGCACCCUUAUCCUACAGAAGACGAAAAAAGACAAAUUGCUGCACAAACCAACCUCACCUUAUUACAAGUAAACAACUGGUUCAUCAAUGCACGCAGGCGUAUUCUACAGCCCAUGCUUGAUGCCAGUAACCCUGAUCCUACCCCUAAGGCCAAGAAGAUGAAGUCACAGCACAGACCCACGCAGCGUUUCUGGCCUGACUCCAUUGUGGCUGGUGUGCUGCAGACACAUGGCCCUCAUUCUGCUAAUAAUUCAGACAGUUCCCUGGGCAUGGACAGCCUGCAGCCUCUCUCAUCUGACACGGCCACACUGGCUAUGCAGCAGGCUAUGUUGGCAGGAGCUGAGGACUCCAUGGAUGGCACAGAUGAUGAAGAAGAAGAAGAAGAAGAGGAUGAGGAAGGAAUGGAGGAUGAGGAAGAAGAUGAAGAGGAAGAAAGGCAUCUGUCUGUCAGGAGAGAUCUGCGCCUUGAUCACAGCGAGGGACUGGAAUAGAGACAGAUGCAGGAAAUUAAUUACAAGAAAUCACUGACCUGACACAUUUUAAAACAUGCCAGAGGUUUCCACUGGACACUUACGUGCUUUGGAACUUUGGAUUAGAUAAGGGAGGUUUGCAAAAAUGAGCUGUGAAUUACAAUAAUUACUGAAUUUAUUUGUACAAUUUAGGGAAAUUAAAGAAUGCACACACAUUGACCAUACGUUUAAAUGUUAUAUACUGGGAGAAUAAAUAGAAGUUUUAGUUAUAUUAACAAAAAUCCUCUGCAUAAUGUUGGUCCUGAUAAGUUCAUGAAUCCAUGUCUUAUUUUGUCCCACACAUCUCUUUUGUUUUCAGGUGAAACUCAAAGCAUGAUACUUGUUACACGCUCUUUAACAGGAAAAGUUAUCAUCUGUUUUGGCAGGUGGCUUUCUGGGCAUGAGUUUUCAAAUUGUGAUACUUUGCUACUAUCAGUAUUCAAUACUGAGUUUGAAAAUAAUUUUAAAAAAGGAAAAAAAAACAUUGUAAAAAACUUGACAGCACAAAGCUCACACCUUAGACUAUUUGCGCAGUUGCUUGAUAUUUAUGUUUUAGGUUUUCGAACAACAAUGUUGCACUUGGGAGGAUUCUCAUUUGCCUGGCUGAUGCAAUUCUGAAUGGCACUGAAGGCCAACUGCCUGGAACUUUCAGCCGACGAACUUUUCUCCUCAUGACAAAGAAAAUACGGAGAGAGACAACAUGGCACAUUAAGCAUUUCAUUUAUGAAGGAAAAUAAACCAGUGGGUCCUUCCAGCCCUCAGACUUCCUUGUGAUGUUUACUGAAGAAAUACUGCAGGAAGGAAGAUAAUUUUGCAGAACAUUUCAGCCGCUGGAACCCCUCUGCGUAUUUUUUCUGUGAAGGACAGGAAAUGUGAAGAUUUUCCUGAGCGGUUUGGGUUAAAUCAGUCUCCAGAAUAAAGCAGCUGUUUCUGAUGUGAUGUUUAGAGAUGAAAGAAGCUGUUACUGAAUGUUAUUGGAGUUGGUCUUGUGAAGUAUGUUUCUCAUUAUCUUUUUUUCAUGGUUGUUUUUAAAUGGUUCUUCCAGAGCAAGUAAUGAUAGGCGAAAUUUUUAUUUUGUUUGUACACAUUGUUGUCAUGAUCUAUUGUGUAUCAAUAGACCAUUUUUGAUAAUUAAAAGAGAUAAUUUUAGUGGG